AUGUCGACAAGAAAGAGGGCUAAUUCCAUCAUUCCAGUUGAACUCAUAAAAGACACCACAGACGGCGGAAUAGAAAGAGCAGCUCUUGCCACGGUCUUUGGAGUGAAAGAGUACACGGAAUCGAAAAUAUUUUGGAGUAGUGAUAGUAUUACCUCAGUUAGCUUUAAACCAUUUGAGUCCCUUUGUAGUCUACCGACGAUUCCGAAAGUCAGCGAAUUUGGUGAUAUCUGGAUAGAGACAGAUAAAAGACAUAGUCAUCUACAGCAUGAACAGCAGUGUCAUGAUCGAGGCAUCCCACCGUUAGAUCUUUCGGAUUAUCCCCUUACUUUAUUUGACAUUGUAAAAUCAGAUAAUAGUCCGUGCAUCAUUUGGCGAAACACUUCGAAUCAGUCACACCAACAUGAAACAGUAGCAAGAAAAAAACAUAUCUGGUCAACUGAGUUAUUUUCAAGAAAACAGGAACCAGUCGUCACAGAUGUCCCUCAACAGAGAGAGAUUGAGGCAGCAACGAUUGAAAAAUUAGUAGAAAAGAUGACAGUGUCUCUUGAUUAUGCUUUCAUGACAGAUUUUUUUCUUAUUUACCGUAUAUUCAUGACGCCCAUUCAACUAGCUAAAUUCCUUAUCUCAAGAUUCAUGUGGGGAUUGGAAAACGACGAUGAAGAGAGAUGUGUUACUCGUGUAAGAACGUUUGUAACCAUCAGACAUUGGCUACUGAACUAUUAUUUGCAUGACUUUGUUCCAAAUAAGGAGCUUCGAAUCAUUCUAACAAAGUUCUUGAACGAAAUAUCUCUUCAUCCAGUCAUAAAGCAGUCUCCAAGAGAUAAACGUAUCAUAAAGACGCUAAGGCGGGUGGUUCGACGACUCAAGAAGCUUUAUUAUACGUCAUCCACCGAUGUUCAGGUCAUUGAGCCACCACCUCCAACUUUUGAACAAGCAAGAGUAACGGAAAUGGUCAAGGAUAAAUUAUCCAAAAAUACCAUUCGUCAACGUAUUCAUGGUAUUCAUGUCGAUAGACGGCAUAGAGCAAACACAGCUAUCAGGGAUAAACAGACGGCUCCUGUUGUGGUGAUCGGAAGUACACGCUACAACUCCACAACAGCACCUUUAUACCAAACAUCCACUCAUAGUAGGAGCGCAUCCUCAUUACCUAUAGAUGAAUCAAACUAUAUGAGUAGGACAGGGGUAAAUAGAAACGAGCAUGAUUCAGAUGAGUCCAUAGGAAGCUAUUUGACGCCAGGAACAUCGGGCAUUGAGGAUGAGGAAGAAGACGAAGAUGAUGAUGAAGAACAAGAACAAGAAGAACAAGUGCAAAAAGAUGAUAUGACAGAACAACUCAAUCAGAGACUUAUGGAAGUUCGCCUACUACAACAGCGACUACAGCAAGAGCAAGAGAUGGAAGAUGCGGCGUUACAGACAGAUUUAUCUUUGCAAGAGCAACAAAAACUAGAAAAUGCCAGAAUACGUCGAUCGUUUUAUAAUGCACAACUAGCAAUACCUUCUAUAACUUCUCCUUCCAGUGAUAAUAUCACACCCAUCAUUGACGGUCCGACCAGAGAUUAUUUUGAUCCUGAAUUAAACACGUCAAAAAGACAAAAAGAAAAGAAAAAAGAUAGUCUUUACAGUAAUAGGAUCGAUAAACCAUUACCUCCGAUUUCAACAGGCCCAAGUCCCGCUGCAUCCAUUCGCUCUUAUUUUAGUCAUAAAGUGGAUAACCAAAGCAAAGAACAAUGGAAAUUUGCAAUCAAGAAUAAGCACUCUGAUAAAUCUCUAAGAUCUAGAAUAACCGAAAUGGAUAUUCCACCUAAUAACACUUCAUCUAGGUCAAAUAACAACUAUCAAUCGAUUUUACUAAGCUAUCCAACGUCGGUAAUAGCUCAACAAUUUUGCCUCAUUGAAAGAAACAUAUUACUUGGUAUCAGUUGGGAAGAACUGGUUGAUGUCCGAUGGACCAAGAUGCCUGCAGGAUUACAUUUGCCAAGUGAGUUCUAUAAUGACGACGAUAGCGAUGUGAGCGGCGAACAGUUCAAUCAGCCUGGUAUUUACUCACGAAAGAAAAGAAUGAAACAGCAGCAAGAGAGGGAGAAAGAUUAUUCGGAAAGAGGUGUUGAGAAGGCCAUUCAUCGAUUUAACGCAGUCUGUCAAUGGGUGUCAAGUGAGAUAGUACAGACAGGACCAAUUGAAGCAAGAGUAAAGCUCAUAGAAAAGUUCAUCCGAUUAGCAAAGGCAAAAGUUACCCUUAUACAGAUACUCCUGGGUUUACAGUCUUCAUCUGUUUCGAGACUCGAAAAAACAUGGUCUAUGGUAAGCAAGCGGGAAAUGAAGGUGUUGAAAGAACUCUCUACGUUCACUUCACCGACGAAAAACUGGAAGAACCUUCGAGACAGUAUGACACAGGUCGCAGAAGAAUAUGGAGAAACACCUACAGAGAUUCAGGUAGAGAAUAUGGGCAAGAACGCAAUCACAGUAAAAUUGCCCUUUGGCGGAUGUAUUCCGUUUUUGGGCAUUUACCUAUCUGAUCUUGUCUUUAAUGCAGAGCUACCAUCCUAUAUCCCUUCAAACUAUAAUCCCAGCGCCUUCCAAAGUCAACUGGAAGCAACAGUACUCAGCCAACCUUUGAUUCAUUUCAGAAAACACAGGAUCACAGCAAGCAUUAUUAAAAAGGUCUUGAUCUUUCAAGCACUGGCGAAGAGAUAUUCAUUUGUAGAGAACUUGAAUGAUAAGCUGUAUUUAACCUGUCUUCAAGUGCCAUGUCUCGAAACAGACGAAAUACAGAAAAGGAGUUAUCAGAUUGAAUCUUUGCUUAAUGGACAAUAA